UCUCCCAAGUCCCAACCAAACCCUUCUUCCUCCUUGAAACCUAACUCUCUCUUCUUCAAAUCGCACCAAGGGUUUCAAUGGGUAAAUUUAACAUGCUCCCAUCAGAUAUUGUCUUAGAUAUCUUAUCUCGUUCACCCACUGAGUCUAUUUUAGAAUGCAAAUUGGUAUCAAAACCAUUUAGAAAUGUUAUUCGACAUCCAUCCUUCUCACAUAAGCAUUUGGAUCAUCUCAACGAUUUUGAUUCUGGUAAGUUGAGUUUCAUAUCAUGGAGUCAAUUUCCGUUUUCUUAUACCGAGUAUGAUGAGAGUUUAAACCGUUUCAGUAGAAAAACAAGGAUCAAUUUAAGUCCUAAAUUUGAGGAUUGUUGCAUCCUUGGUUCCUGUAAUGGCUUAAUUUGUUUCUUUGAAUGGUUUAAGGAUCAUUAUAGUCCUGCUUAUAUCUGUAAUCCCAUUACUAGAGAAUAUGUCGCCCUUCCAGAAGUUGAAGUAAGAUACAUGUUAACUGGAUUUGGUUAUGUUCCUUCAACCAAUGAGUACAAGGUUGUUAGCAUAUGUAAUAAUCGCAGAGGAGGAGAAUGGAAAUAUGGAACUGUUCAAGUAUACAUUCUUGGCAGUGGCAUUGGGUGGAGAAAUUUGGGAAAUAUAGAAAUUAAUAUGAGUUAUGUCUCACAACCUGGUGAAUUUGCGAAUGGAGCUAUUUAUUGGGCGGACAUUGAGGAAGGAACCAUUCUGGCCUUCGAUUUGGCUGUUGAAGAGCUCCGCAUAAUUCCAUCACCACGAGCUGGGGAACCGAAUCUAGUGGCAGUAGGCAAUUUUUUAUGUGCAAAUUAUGAAGAAGAUGGAGGUUCUUUAUGGGUUUUAAAGAAGAACGAAAAUGCUCAGGAUGUGAUUUGGAGUAAAGAGUUUAGUCAUAUCAACCUCGAACCGAUCACCUUGACGAAGAGUGGUGGGCUUUUGGGCUACAAUCUUCAUGAUGGAAAUGUCUAUCGUUACACUCCAAAAGCUUCGCCUUCCAGGAUGCUUGUGAAUUUUGGUAAGGGUUUUAGAGUUUUAGUACUUCACAAGAAUACCUUAGUGUCAUUGAAAGCGUUAGGAGAAGAAGAUACAGAACUAAUGGAUUAGGUGAAAGAGCAAGAUCUAGCAGGAAGACACAAAGCAGUGAUAAUUAACCAAAGGAAGAGAAGAGAAGAAGGAUAUCUCCAGGCAGAUGAACUGGAGGACCUGCAGAACAUGGUGGACAAAAGUCUUAUCGUUACUCUUACACACAGUUGGUUUUUGUAGUUGUCUGUUUAGGUUGCAAACUGUGUCUCAUCUGUAUCAAUAGGUAAACCCAC